CAAAAAAUAAAGAGCAAGGGAAAAAAAGCAGUCGCUCGCAUUGGGCACACAGAAGAUCUGUAUCCGUUCAAUAAUUCAAUUCGUCCCGAGUCUAUUUUUGUAAAAAGAAAUUCAAUUUUAGAUUUAUUUUGUAUCAUUCUUUUAAUAUUUUCCAUCGAUUUUGUUCUCCUACAAUCGUUAGCAUAUAAAUCAAUUUUCUUACCAGAAUACCAAUCCCUUCCUUCUGCGCGCCUGCCCACACACACACACACAUUUUGGGGGGUUUUGAUUUACUUUGGGUCCUUCUUUUGGUGUAGGGUUUUUUAUUUUAUUUUUUGCUUUCGCUUCUUGAACAACCAAUUUCAAUGGGCGCUGAGGGUGAUUCGAGCGAGUUGAGGGUCAAUCCCGAUGGUGUUGAAGAAGAACAAGUGGUGAUGAUUAAUAUCCGGUGCUCCAAUGGCUCGAAAUUUACUGUGAGGACCAGCCUCAAGUCCUCGGUUAGCGCAUUCAAAACGGUAUUGGCUCAGAAUUGUGAUGUCCCAGCUGAUCAGCAGAGAUUAAUUUACAAAGGUCGCAUCUUGAAGGAUGAUCAAACCCUAGAUAGCUAUGGUUUGCAGGCGGAGCACACCAUUCACAUGGUUCGUGGGUUUGCUUCAGCUGCAUCAACACCUGCUACUGUAAAUGCUACUGCUACUGGUAAUUCUGGAAGUCCCGACAAUACACCAGGAGUUACAAGGGGUGUUGGCUCAAAUGAAGGUGGGGGCUUGGGAAGUGCUGGUCUUGGUGGCUCUUUAUUUCCUGGAUUAGGUUUCACAUCUGGAUUGUUUGGAGAUGGUCUGCCGGAGUUUGAACAAGUGCAGCAACAGCUGACUCAGAACCCAAACAUGAUGAGGGAAAUAAUGAAUAUGCCUGCCAUUCAGGGCCUAAUGAACAAUCCUGACUUAAUGCGCAGCUUGAUCACAAGCAAUCCUCAGAUGCAAGAGAUCAUUGACCGGAAUCCAGAGCUUGCUCAUGUACUUAAUGACCCUGGGAUUCUUCGACAGACAAUAGAAGCGGCAAGGAACCCUGAGCUCAUGCGUGAGAUGAUGCGAAACACUGACCGGGCAAUGAGCAACAUUGAAUCUUCCCCCGAGGGAUUUAACAUGCUCAGACGUAUGUACGAAAAUGUUCAGGAGCCGUUUCUGAAUGCCACAACAAUGGGUGGAAACACUGGAAAUGAUUUGAGUUCAAACCCAUUUGCAGCACUUUUGGGAAACCAAGGUGGGGCCCAAGUCAGGGAUGGUGCUAAUAACCCUUCGACUACUGGUUCUGAAACUACUAGCAGGAUUAGUUCUCCAAAUACAAAUCCACUCCCUAACCCUUGGAGCAAUAUUGCUGGUGGUACUCAGACAACAACUAUGCGUCCAAAUCCUACUGGGGAUGCAAGAAUGCCCGGUAUUACUGGUCUUGGAGGGUUCGGUCUCCCCGAUAUGGAACACACGUUGAAUGGCAUCCCAGAUGCUGCUCUACUGAAUCAGUUUUUGCAAAAUCCAGCUGUGUCACAGAUGAUGCAAAGCUUACUUUCUAAUCCCCAUUAUAUGAAUCAGAUUCUAAACCUCAACCCUCAACUGCGUGGCAUGGUCGAUAUGAAUCCUCAAUUAAGAGAAAUGAUGCAAAAUCCAGACCUUCUACGUCAGUUAACUAAUCCCGAUACAAUUCAGCAAAUGCUAGCUUUACAGCAAUCGCUUCUCUCCCGGCUUAAUCAACAGCAAUCAAGCCAGGAUCAAGCUCAGACUGGUGGGACUACAGGAACACCUAAUAAUGCCGCAGCAAUGGAAUUGAUGAUGAACAUGUUUGGUGGUCUUGGAGCUGGCAGCUUGGCUGUUCCAAAUAAUCCAGAUGUACCCCCAGAAGAACUGUAUGCAACUCAACUUUCACAGCUCCAAGAAAUGGGUUUCUUUGAUGCUCAGGAGAAUAUCAGGGCACUGCGCGCUACUUCUGGGAAUGUCCACGCCGCAGUAGAGCGACUUUUGGGGAAUCCCGGGCAAUAAUAUUACUGUGGGUUUCCAUUUUUUUUCUUCUCAUAUUCUAUUUUUAUGUAGUUUCUUGGGGAACAGUGAUUUGGAGUUGCAAGAAUAGUUAAUUUGCACUGGUGUCAUGUAAAGGCACGCGAUGUCCAGAGGAACAUUCUAUUUUGGGCGUGUUAAUAAGGGAGGAGACACUUUUAUACAGCGGUGAGCUUAUUUAUGGUUUAUACAAGCAUGUGCAUUACUAGAUCA